CUACGAAACAGAUGGGUCGGCGCGAGCCCCUGGCGGACAGCCGGUGCAGACCCACGCCAGAGACCCAAGCCUGAGACGUGAGGCUUUGAGUCCCCUUGCCCGCCCGCGCUGUGGUUCCCGCUCACCGACUGUAUCCCGUAAGCCAGGCCUGAGGACGUGGCAGCAAAGCGGCCACCGGAUAAUGAGUGACACGCUCGAUAACCAGGACCCCGAGCCCAUGGAGGGCGACGGCCAGCACGGCGGCAGUGCCCUGGGCAGCCCCGCAGCUUCAGCCUUCCGGGAGGAGGCGGGCGAGGCUGCGGAGCCGGUGCCGGGCCUCUACGGCUACAUCAGGGACGACCUGUUCACCUCGGAGAUCUUCAAGCUGGAGCUACAGAACGUGCCGCGCCACGCUAGCUUCAGCGACGUCCGCCGCUUCCUGGGCCGAUUCGGCCUGCAGCCGCACAAGACAAAACUCUUCGGUCAGCCACCAUGCGCUUUUGUGACCUUUCGUAGCGCGGCAGAACGUGACAAGGCCCUGCGUGUGCUGCACGGUGCCCUGUGGAAAGGCCGUCCGCUGAGCGUGCGCCUGGCCCGGCCCAAAGCAGACCCCAUGGCCAAGAAGCGGCGGCUGGAAGGGGAGGGGGAGUCACAGGUCGCGCCGGUCCCACACGUGGCGGACGUGGUGACCCCGCUCUGGACGGUGCCCUAUGCCGAACAGCUGGAGCGGAAGCGGCUAGAGUGUGAGCAAGUGCUGCAAAGGUUGGCCAAGGAAAUUGCGAGCACCAACCGGGCACUUUUGCCCUGGCUGUUCACACAGAGGCACAAGCACAACAAGGCCUGCUGUCCACUGGAGGGGGUCCAGCCAUCACCCCUGCAGACCGAGUAUCGGAACAAAUGUGAAUUUCUGGUCGGCGUAGGGGUCGACGGGGAGGACAAUACUGUUGGCUGCCGGCUGGGCAGGUACAAGGGCGGGACAUGUGCUGUGACAGCACCGUAUGACACCGUGCACAUUCCAGAGGCCACCAAACAGGUGGUGAGAACUUUCCAGGAGUUCAUUCGGUCCACCCCAUACUCUGCAUACAACCCGGAGACAUACGCAGGGCACUGGAAGCAGCUCACUGUACGGACCAGCCGCCGGGGUCAGGCCAUGGCCAUUGCUCACUUCCACCCCCAGAAACUAAGCCAAGAGGAACUGGCAAAACUGAAGGCCUCCCUUGCACAACAUUUCAUGGAAGGGCCAGGCAAGGCCAGUGGUGUGACUUGCCUGUACUUCGUGGAGGAGGGACAGCGAAAGACCCCCAGCCAGGAGGGUGUGCCAUUGGAACAUGUGGCUGGGGACCGGUACAUCCAUGAGGACCUGCUGGGCUUGACCUUCCAGAUCUCCCCUUAUGCAUUCUUCCAGGUCAACACCCCAGCUGCCGAGGUACUCUACACUGCCAUCCAGGACUGGGCCAUGCUGGACGCAGAGAGCACAGUGUUGGACGUGUGUUGUGGCACUGGCACCAUUGGCCUAGCCCUGGCCCGGAGAGUGAAGAGGGUCAUUGGGGUUGAGCUCUGCCAGGAGGCUGUGCAGGAUGCAAAAGUCAACGCCCACAUGAAUGGUGAGCAGAGCUACCAGACAGGAGGUAGGCCUGGAGGUUUGGCCCCUGGGCUGAGUGUGCCACCCUGCCAUCCUGCAGAGCUCAGUAAUGUGGAGUUCCACUGUGGGAGGGCAGAAGACCUGGUGCCCAACCUGGUCAGCCGGCUGGGCCCCCAGCAGAUUGUGGCUAUCCUGGAUCCCCCUCGUGCUGGGCUACAUUCCAAGGUGAUCCUGGCCAUGCGCAGAGCAACCAACCUGAAGCGGCUUCUGUAUGUCUCCUGCAAUCCCCGGGCGGCCAUGGGCAAUUUUGUGGACCUCUGCCGUGCCCCUUCUAACCGGGUGAGGGGAUCUCCUUUCCGGCCAGUCAAGGCUGUGGCAGUGGACUUGUUCCCACAAACCCCACACUGUGAGAUGCUUAUCCUGUUUGAGAGGGUGGAGCCUUCUAACGGUGCAGGACCCCUGAACCCUCCCUCAUCACCCCCACCUACCUCCUCCCCCACAGAUGGCACACCCCAGGAAGCUUCUUCUUAAGCCCACUGCAGGAGCCAGGCCCACCCAAUAUUCUGGGGGUGGGAAGAGUGGGAUGGCUAGAGGCCCCAGCUCCCCACCCAUGCCUGCUUUGUCUAGCAGGAUCCCACAGGGCUGUAAUAAAAAGUUGAACCAGG